AUGUACGGCGCUGAGCAAACAACAGUCCCAGCAGCUGGCGGCGGCGACGCCGAUGCAGCACCAGCAAGCACAGCAGGCGCCGCCGCGUCGAUGCCGCCCCCGGCCGCCGGCGGCUUCAAGCAGCGGAAGAACCGCGGCAACCUGCGCAAGCGCGCCGCGGACGAAGGCGGCGCCACGGGCGGCGGCGGCGGCGAGGACGACGAAACAGAGGUCGUGCGAAAGGCGAAGCAGACAAAGGGGGACCCCUUGGCGUUCAGCACUAAGAAAGAAUCCAAAGAGGACGUGGUGGUCACAUAUGCCAGCAGCCAGGCGCUCCCGAUCGGCGGGGACAGCGGCGCGACGCGGAUACUGGAGACUGAGACCGAGUUUGAUCGGGAUGCCAGGGCGCGGCGGGAGCGCGUGUUGCAGCAGGGGGCCGAGGGCGGCGGGCAGGGUGACGGCACGUACAAGGGGAUGACGGGUUACACCGACUACAGGGCAGGCUUCAGGCGGGAGCAGACGGUCGGGUCCGAGAAGGGCGCCGGCGCGCAUGGCCCGCUGCGCGCGAGCGCGUACGUACGGGUGUCUGCGCGGUUUGACUACCAACCGGACCUUUGUAAGGAUUACAAAGAGACGGGAUUCUGCAGCUAUGGCGAUGCGUGCAAGUUCAUGCACGACAGGGGGGACUACAAGAGCGGCUGGGAGCUGGAGAGGGAGUGGGAGGAGGAGCAGAAGCGGCGGCAGGAGGCCCUUACUAAAGGCUGGGCCGGCGAGGACGGCGAGGAGGGGGAGGGCGGCGGCGGCCACGGCGAGGAAGAGGAGGACGACGAGCUGCCCUUUGCGUGCUACAUAUGCAGGAAGCCGUGGGGGGAGUGCAAGAGCGACCCCGUGGUGACCAAGUGCAAGCACUACUUCUGCGAGAGCUGCGCCCUCAAGCACAACGCCAAGACUGGCAAGUGCGCGACGUGCGAGCAGCCGACGCAGGGCAUCUUCAACCUGGCCACUGAUGUCAUCAAAAAGAUGAAGCGCCUCAAGGAUAAAGAGGGGGCGGCCGUCCAGUGA